CGUACUAGUAAGUAAGUACUAGUGCUAGUCGAGCGCAUUAAUCGCAUCGGGCUAUAAUUACCAUUAUCCACUCAAUCUUAGGCUUUUGAGUCCUGGCUGCCCUAUGACGCCGGUUUCGAUCUUCAACCCCGCGAAAAAUUUUCAUCUGGUUUUCUUGCCCUGCUGCACUCUUGAUAAUGCUGCGACCGCUUAAUCUGGCAUAUAAUCAUUGAUUUCGAGCUGACGAUCAGUGAUGCCUUCGGUCGGUGAUCAUGCAACUGGAAAUAGGAAUACACCAUGAAGUUCGCCAAGGAGCUUAAUGAGGAACUAGUUCCGGAAUGGCGUGUCAAGUAUCUGGAUUACAAGCUCGGCAAGAAGAAGGUCAAGGCCAUUCGACGAGCGCUUCAGAGAACUAAUCGGACCCCGACUCGUCGCCCGGACACUUACUACGAGACACCAUCCCAAGACCUACAGCCGAAUGCUUCAACCUCAGCCACGCGCUUUCCAUUGAAUUAUAAUGGAUCGCCCUCUGCGCACAUGCCCGAGCAGCUGCCGCUCAGGACUCCCGGGUCUCGUUUCUCCAACACGAUAGGGGGCUAUGGUAGCAUUGUUUCCGAGCCACCUCUCGAAAAUGUGACUCGCCUCCCUUCGCUUCAAUUGCCUGAUCCUGCGAUUGACCCGGAUCGCGCUGGGACACAGCAGAAGCAUCAACAGAGACUACUGUCUAAUACCGACCAAAGUCCACUCCCACGGCAGGGGACAUCUGAUCGCCCUGUGAAACCACCCCCAUACUCGGUAAUUAACAAUAAAGGAAACCCAAAGAGGCUAUAUUCAACCGGCGAUGUGCCGUCGAAAACUGCGAAAUUCUUUAAGAGGGUCUUUACUAGUGGUGAUUUGGAAUCCUCCGGGAGGAGCUAUCAAAGCAGUAUCUCCGAUGAGGUAACAGAAAAGGAGGACGAGUUUUUUGAGUUUUUGGAUUCGGAAUUGAACAAGAUCGAAUCUUUCUAUAAAGAGAAGGAGGUGGAAGCAACCCACCGACUACAGGCGCUUCGCCAACAGUUACAUAUGAUGAGAGACCAGAGAACGGCGCAAAUGAUGACCGCAAAACGGGCAAAGUCUCCGGAAAGAGACAGAAGUCAGCCCAAUAGCUAUCUGAACGUGAUCCCAAACACAAAAUGGGCACAUGCUAUAGUUGGGAAACAACAUUUUGGGAAGAAUUCUCGUGCCCUGGCUACUCUACAGACCCCCAAAACACCAGGACCGAUGGAUCCUCAAUCCAUUAUUGGACGACGGGACUUUGUUCAACGUCCAGAAUCAGUCAAUGUGCCAUAUCGCAGCGCUAAGAGAAAGUUAAAGCUUGCUUUACAAGAGUUCUAUCGCGGUUUGGAACUAUUAAAGUCAUAUGCCUAUCUCAAUCGUAAAGCUUUUCGGAAAAUCAAUAAGAAGUUCGACAAGUCCAUCAACAUGCGGCCUACCCUGCGAUACAUGUCUGAGAAAGUUAACAAAGCUUACUUUGUGCAGAGCGAAGUAAUCGAAGGGCAUAUGGUAACUGUAGAGGAUCUCUACGCUCGUUACAUUGAAGGCGGAAAUAGGAAGAUUGCGGUUACUAAAUUACGUGGGAAGAAUCACUCGCAUGAUUUCUCGCCAAAUACGUUUCGUAUCGGCAUGUUACUCGCUGCAGGAUUUGUCAGUAGUAUCCAAGGCUUGAUUUUGGCCAUUAGGUUGCUUGGCGAUACCGAUAAUACAGUUCGAUUGAACACCUCCUAUUUGCUGCAGAUUUACGGAGGAUAUUUUUUGAUUGUCUUCCAUUACAUGUUAUUCUGUUUGGAUUGCAUGAUUUGGACUAGAGCAAAAAUAAACUACGCCUUUGUUUUUGAAUUUGAUACGCGGCAUGUCCUGAAUUGGCGUCAGCUGGCUGAGUGGCGCCUUCUGCUUGCCGGACUUUAUCCAGUCGAGUUUCGAGACUUCUUCCUUGGCGACAUGUAUUGUUCCCAAACAUAUGCUAUGGGGAAUAUCGAGUUAUUCUUCUGUCUUUACGCAACGGCGUGGAAUAACCCACCGACAUGCAACUCUUCAAACUCUAGACUACUAGGUUUUUUUACCACAUUGCCCGCAAUCUGGCGUGGCUUACAAUGUCUUCGACGGUAUCGUGAUACAAAGAACAUAUUUCCUCACCUGGUCAAUUUUGGAAAGUACACCUUCAGCAUACUGUUUUACAUGACUUUGAGCCUAUACCGAAUCGACAAACAAAUAGGCUAUCAGGUUCCAUUCAUUGUCUUUGGCGCAGCAAAUGCAAUCUAUUGCUCGAUUUGGGACAUUGCGAUGGACUGGAGCUUGGGUAAUGUCUAUGCGUCACAUACUUUGCUACGCGAUAUCCUGGCAUUCCGUCGAGCCUGGCUAUAUUACGUAGCCAUUGUCAUCGACGUGGUUAUACGAUUCAACUGGAUAUUUUAUGCUAUUUUCAUCAACGAUAUCCAACACUCUGCUUCCUUGAGUUUUUUCGUGAGCUUGACUGAAAUUUGUCGAAGAGGCAUCUGGACAAUAUUCCGUGUUGAGAACGAACACUGCACCAAUGUGCACAUGUUCCGUGCACUACGAGAUAUUCCUCUCCCAUACCAGGUGGAAGAAGAGAUGGGAGAAACUCCAGCAGGUGCACUAGAUGGAGAACAGGGUGAGGAAGAACAACCGAUUGCGCAAGGGAACGCUCCUUCGCCUCUCCCGGCUGCUGAUGAUGUUGAUUUGGAAGCAUCACUAGCGAAGACACUAGCAUUACGCGCGCGUCGUCCCACGUCAAGUCGAGCGAUGAGUCGCGUGGGUACACUCAUGGCCACCGCCCAUUCUCAAGACUUCCAGCGCAGGCGGCCUACAGACCCGCUGGGUGGUCCCGCUGGCGGAUCCGCGUUCCACGAUUUGGAUGAUACAACCGACGAGGAAGACGAAAAGGAAGAUGAGUCCCCAUCGAGGGAGGAGCAUAGCUUCCUAGAUUCUGAUAUACCAGACCCUCCGGUAGACCGGAACAGUCCUCACAGCCAGGAACACUAAUUUCUCAUUACCCUCAUGGUCUAAUUCGCUAUACAGUAAUAGACCUCUACAUUACGAUUUCAUGUUAUACCAGCCUUGCUAUAUCUGUAUGAAUGAGGCGAUGGGACGUUAUUCCUAAUUCAGUUUUUGCAAACAGAGUAUAAUGACUCUAGUAUCGAGUGAUACACUGUAUAUAUACUAUCUUUUACGUUAUUGAUUGCUCGGGCUUACCAGUUCACAAACUAAUUUAAAUAUCCUCAUAAUCCC